AUGGCUUGGGAUUUGACUGGCAUCCCUUAUGGACAUGAUGUGGCUGCAAUUUAUCAAAUGAGAGGGAUACCUGAAGAUUAUGUUUCUACAUAUUAUAGUAAAGAUUCAUUCAUGAGAGCUUAUGCUUUAGCAGUAGGUGCAAUGCCAAGUGAAGAACAUUGGCCACAAUCAAAAGUAGUUUCCUUACAGCCACCAAAGUAUAAUAGGGCACCUGAAAGGCCAAGAAAAGCAAGGAAGAAAGCUCCAUAUCAGCAACAAAGCCCAUCAAAGAUAAGCAAAAAGGGGGCUACCACAAAGUUUGGUAAUUGUAGAAAAAUGGGUCACAAUGCACAGGGUUGUAAGGCUCCUCCUACUCCCAACAGAAAGGUGUACAAGAAGAAGAAGAAGAAUGUUGCAUCAAGACAAAAUGAAUAG